CUAGGCAUGCAGACGGCUUCUACAAACAUUUGUGAAAGACUGGGUCACUCUCAGGAGCUCAGUGAAUUCAAGCAUGGUAUCAUGAUAGGUUACCACCUGUGCAAUAAGUCCAUCCUUGCUACUAAAUAUUCCAUGAACAACUAUUAGUAGUAUUAGACCAAAGUGGAAGCAACUGGGAACAACAGCAACUCAGCCCGCUACUGGAUUUUAGAGCAGUGGAGACGUAUUGUCUGGAGUGAGGAAUCACGCUUCUCUGUCUGACAAUCCGAUGGACGUGUCUGGGUUUGGCGGUUGCCAGGAGACCGGUACUUUCCUGACUGCAUUGUGCCAAGUGUAA